GUACGUCACUGAACGGCAGCCAAUCAGCGUGAAGUGCCGAAGCGUACGCCGAUUUGACGCUGGCCAGUGACGCGCUGGUGGGCGUGUCCCGCCGUCACGCGAAGAGAAACACAACAAGCGAGAUUGAAUUCCGGGCCGAGGAAAGCUGAUCAUGACUUCUCCAGAAAUUGCUUCCUUAUCCUGGGGCCACAUGAAGGUCAAAGGUUGCACCGCAUCCUACAAAGACUGUAAAGUGUGGCCAGGUGGCAGCCGAGCCUGGGACUGGCGUGAAACCGGUACAGAUCAUUAUCCAGGCGUCCAGCCAGCCGACCUGGAAGAGGUCCUAAGGAAAGGGGUUCAGACUCUGGUCAUAGGAAGAGGGAUGAGUGAGGCUCUACAGGUGCCCCCGUCCACUCUAGAUUACGUGAAGAAGCAGGGUGUUGAUGUCAGGGUGUUUCAGACCGAGCAGGCCGUUAAAGAGUACAAUGUUCUGGCAGGACAGGGAGCUAAAGUCGGCGGGGUCUUCCACUCCACCUGCUGAUCACAUCAUUCAUACAACGAGCUAAUUCAUUUGAUUUGUCGUCCAAAGUGCCUUACAUUACAAAUUAACAUUGUUUUCUUAAUUUGCACUCAAACUACUGGAGGACUAUUUUCUUGGUGAAAAUGUUAUUUGCUUUAUAAUCAUUAAAUGAUUAUUUUUUGAA